GAUGGAUAAUCCGAGCUAUGGAUCCGCACACAUGUCAUCGCCCGCGCUGGUAGUGUUCUCCCAGGCGACCAAUGGAUUAAGCGACGCGCUACGCAUACAGCGGCCGUUUCACUCACAAUUGCCAGACGCCAAGGAUCUGCACCACCUUUCGCUGAUGAGCGGCUACGGUGCCCACCUGCUGCACGGCUUCCAGCCCCACUUUCUGCACCCGCUGAAUCCGGCCGUCUCGACGGCCAGCGGCACCAGCCCGUUCGGUGGUGGCGGUGCGUUCGUGAAACCCUUCCCCUCCAACCUGCCCCUGCCGUCGGCCUUUGCACCGCCGAAAUGUUUGGGCUUCGGCAUCGAUCAAAACAUCUUCUCCAAGGGCCUACUGUUCGGUUCGUCCGGCUCGGGUUCCGAAUCCUUCCGGACGGACUCGUCCAGUCCGGCGUGCACAUCGUUAUCGCCACCCGCCAAAGACGAGUCGCUCGAGGGACAGACCAGCGAGGAGGGCGACCGCGACCGGGAUCGCAUCUGCACCCCGGAACGCAGCCCGGAGACACCCGGAUUCCGACGUAUUGGGCCACCGAAGAAGUCGUCCUUCAUCGGAACGCCACCCCCGAACGCGUGUCCCAUCUGCGGCGUGCAGCUCUCACCAAGUGACCUGGAGACCCACUUCUCCGCCGAGCUGACGCGGCUCACGAAGAUGACAACGCACGCCGAGCGGCUCGAGCUCCGGCGAACGCUCAGCGUCGACCUGCACACGGUCCAGAACAACCUGCAGGGCCGAACCAGUCGCUGGGAGACGUUCAAAAAUAUCCGCAACAAGCGCCAGGACCGGCUGCGCGGCAAGCUGCGGAAGCGGAAGUUCGACGGCGAGGAUGGCUUCGGGCUGCAGCUGACUAACAUCAACUGCCAGUCGUGCCCGGUGUGCCACGGGCGGUUGCAGCGCACGCAGGAGGAAAUUGCGCAGCACAUCGAGGAGUGCGUCCGCAAGCAACAGCACCAGCACCAACACCAGCAGCAACAGCAACAACAACAACAACAGCAGCAGCAACCCCCGAGUGGCCCGCUACAUCCGGCGCACCACCAUCCGCACCAUUCGCAUCAUCCGCACCACCAGCACCCGUCGGCGGGGUCGGCAGGAUCGCAGCAACCGACGUCCGGAACGGGAGCGCCUGGGUCCGGUCAAUCGUCGCCCCAGGAUGAGGACGAAACGGUCGACGUCGAGAGCUACGGGGACGAAACGUCCAACGGAGCGAUCAACAUGUCAUCGAACGUGAUCCAUCACACCGGGAGUGCAUCCGGGAUGCUGCACAGCCAUCACAGUGCGGCCGCCGCCGCCGCCGCUGCUCACAACAGCAACCACAACAACAACAACAACAUCAUCAAACCGGACACCGUCAACCUGACGAAACUGGAGGAGAGUGCCAUCAGUUCGCUCAGCUCCAUCGUACCGCACUGGGACCGCAAGACCCGGCUUACUCUGCCCCUGGGCUGUAAGCCCGGCGGGGAGGAUCCUCGGCCGUGGGUAACGGCGGGUCUGAAGCCCCGGCUACUGGGCAGCAACUUCGAGCUCGGGCCACCGGGUGUUGGACCGGUACCGACCGAUCAUUCGAUAACGCGCGUCACACCGACCAGCAGCGAUCAGCGCAUCGACGUCGACUACGAGCACGACCACAGCCAGGACAUGGUGACCGACAACGACGAGGAAGUGAUCGUGGACAACACCGACGACGAGGAGUGCAUCAAGCGGCCCCGGACGACAACCGGCCAGCUGACGCAACUGAACGGCCACGGACCAGCGCUUCCGCCGACCCUGGCCAACGGUCACGGAGCUCCUGGAGCGACCCAGCGUGAGGACAAAAAUGGCAGCACGGAAGAGGCCACCUCGUCGGUGGAGAUCGAUUCCGCGACCGAUUCGAUGGCUUCGCGAACGGCCGGAACCACCCCGAACUCGGACUCGUACGUCAGCACCUCGGAGUCGGCGGAACCGUCCUCGAAGGCGCAGGUACUGGAAGAGCUUAAGGCCCGGAUACGGGAGCUGGAGGGAUCACCGCACUACAAGUGUUUCAUAUGUAAGGAAAAAUGUAAAACAUUAAUCAUAUCGAAAAUCUGCGGCCACUAUCUGUGCGAGGAGUGUUGGGUUACGGAAUCGGAAUCGUCCAAAUCUUGUCCCCGGUGCAAGAUCAUCACGGCGAAUUCAGAUUUUAGAAAAAUUCAUGCUUAAAAACCACCAUCCCCGCG